UCGAGUCUGUAUACGUGAAAGUGCCCAAGUUUUAGAAUAGCCCUGAUAUUUUGGUUGUGCCUACCAGUUCCGAGCAUGCCUAGUGCGUUGCCAAUUCGCGCCGACACCAGUGUUUUGCAAAUCUUGGUCAAUAGCUGAUCGCACAUGUUCUCUCGAGAUAUGUUGAGUGCGCGCACAGUGCUGUGCCUGAUGUGACGUUGUUGGUGAGAGAUAAAUGUAUCGGAUGAGAGUCUUUGUUGCCCACGUGGUGGAUUCGGAAUACCUGACUAACAUCUGGAGACAGAACAUACAUCAGCCAGUCAGAAGCCUUGAAUUCACUUUAAGCUUUCAUGGUGUGUUAUUGGUUAAAAUUGAGUUUUCUUCUUGACCGUUUUGACAUUUCGCGAGUAAAGAGGUUAGGUUUCUUCUUAAAUAGUAUUUUUAUUUUGAUUAUUGAGAGAAAAAGAUAGAUAGAAAGCAACUUUUGAUUGAUCAUUGUCUUCAAAAAUAUAUCGCAAAUUUAAGUAGGAAAGUGUUAUCGUUUAUUGAUAUCUAAUUUAAUUCUUCUGUGGUAAAUUAUUUAUGUUUUUACGUGAUGGAAAUUAAUCUAUCAUGUCAUAUUUGCCAAAAACACUUCUCUUCGGCAUGGAAUUUUAGAAGACAUUUAAAGGUCCAACAUAGUUAUAAUGAGUGUAUACCGACUGAAGUAAGUUUACAAGUUGUUCCAUUGAACGAUAAAGAAACUAAUACCCACAACAAUAUCCAAUGUCAUUUAUGUGCAAAAAAAUUUGCCACAGGUUUUAGCCUCACAAGGCACUUAAAAAGUCAACAUGUAAACAUUGAAGAAGAUAAACCCACCAAAAAGCAAAGCAUUAAAGUUAGUCAUGAAAGUCAAGGAAAUGAAGAAAAAAAAAAUUGUUCAAACAAAAAUGAGGGGCAUAAAGUAUUGUUAGGAAUUGUCAAAACUUCAGUGAAACAUGAGGUGUUCAUUCCAAAACCAGAUCAAACUGUUAAAGUUUUAUUACAGAGCAAUAACCAAGGUCGUGAAAGUGCAAACAAAAGUCAAGAAUAUGGCUGCUUACAGGAUAAAACAUCAUCAGCUACACAAAAACAUAUGAAAAAACAUCAGAAAAAACAAAGAAAUAAUGGAAAAAAAGGGUUAAAUCAAUUAAUAUGCUUAGAAGAAAUGUGCCAUUUUAACUGUACUAGAUUAAAAAGCCUUCAUUAUCAUUUAGAGUUGAAACAUAAUAUUUUGCAAGAACUGGAAGUACUACAGUUUGAAAACAUUGAAGAAUUUAAAAAAUGGAAAAAUCAGGAGGAAAGCAAAUGUGUGGCAGUAUGGGUAAAAGCAUGUGGUAUUAAAAAAAAUAGACAAGGUGCACCUAUUUAUUACUAUUGUAAUCGAACUGGUAAAAGAAAAGUUUUGGCAGCAGCAGAAAGGAAAUGUGCCCUAAAAAGGCAGGGCGCAUGCAAAAUUAAUGCUUCCUGUACUUCAGCCCUGAUAAUUAAGCAUAUUUCUCAAGGUGUAAAAGUAACCUAUUUUAAAAAUCAUUAUGGGCAUGAAAAAAAAUGGCCCAUGUUUCAUUAUCCAUAAAUGAUAAAAAUAAGAUAGUACAACAAUUGAUACAAGGCAUUCCUUACACACAAAUAUUAAAUAAUAUUCGGGAAAGUGUGGAUGAAACUUUUAAAAGGAUUCACUUGACCACUAAGAAUGACAUCCAUAAUAUUGCCCAAGCUUACAAUUUACAUGAUACAUCCAUAAAGGAUCCCAAUGAUGCCAUAAGCAUUGCCAUGUGGGUUGAUGAAAUGCAAAAAUCAGAAAAAAAUCCUGUAAUUGUAUAUAAGAAGCAAGGAGAAUUGGACUCAGGAUUGUCUUUAAAAAAAGAUGAUUUUUUGUUGAGAAUCAUGACAAGAAGCUAAGGUCAGAUGUUUCAAAAAUUUGGGUCUGGAGGCAUUAUUUGUAUGGAUGCAACGCAUGGAACUAAUCCUUAUGAUUUUAAUUUACUUACUGUUUUGGUGGUGGAUGAUUAUGGUGAAGGCUUUCCUGUUGGAUUUUUGUUUGCUAAUAGGGAGGAUUAUGUAGUAUUAAAAUAUUUUAUUUUGGCUUUAAAAAGUAGCAUAGGAAAUAUAAGAGCAACUACAUUUAUGAGUGACGAUGCCGACCAAUAUUUUGCUGCAUGGAGUUCUGUAAUGGAUGUUUCUGAAACCAAAAAGCUUUUAUGCAUAUGGCAUAUCGACAGAGCUUGGCAAUCCAAAAUAUCAUUAAUUAAAGAUAAAUCAAAACAAAUAGAGGUAUAAUAUAUGGUCCAUGUUUUCUCAUUGCCCAAAAUAAUUUAACGGGAUAAUUUUUAGUCUCAUUCUGAUUGUUAUUUUAAGGUUUAUAAGAUGUUGUGUUUCCUUCGGCAAGAACCAAAUGCAAAUAAUUUUAAAGCAUCAUUAGGAAGCUUUAUUGAAAUGUUACAAAUGGAUCAAGAUCUAAAAGUUUUUGGUGAAUACUUCCUGGUCAAUUAUGCAAGAAGAUCCUCAACAUGGGCUAUGUGUUUCCGAGCUGUCUUAUCUAUUAACAUGAAUUUGUAUUUGGAAUCCAUGGACAAAGUGCUGAAAUACAUAUAUCUAAAAGGGACAACUUGCAGGAGAUUGGACAAAACUGUGCAUGUACUAUUAAAGUAUAUCAGAGAAAAGCAAUUCAGUAGGAUUAUAAAGCUGGAAAAAGGAAAAAUAACACACAAAAUCAGCAAAAUUAACAAAAGUCAUAUUGCAGCAGUAAAAGCAGAUAAUAUACAUAUAAUAAGUGUUGAAGAUGGUUGGAAAAUUCAAUCUGGGAAUAAUUUCUACCUUGUGAAAUUGAAUGAAUUAGGUGAUCAUCAGUGCAAUUUAAAAUGUUCUUCAUGUAUGUCAUGUGUUCAUUCUUACACCUGUAACUGUAUGGAUUACGUAAUACACAACAACAUGUGCAAACAUAUACAUAAAUUGUGCAUGAGCGAAACUUGUAAUAAUAGCCCAAUGGAGAUAACUCAUCAUGAUAAUACAACAAACAAUAAUGAUGAACUGCAAAGCCACCUUCUUAGUUUAAAACAAUGUAAUAGUUCUGAAACCAUCAAGAAAAUAAGGGAAGAUAUCAGUUUUAUGUCUGCUUUUGACUGGCCAUCAGAUGAUGAUGCUGCAUUAAAGUAUAAGUACACAUUCAAAGUAUGGUUAAGGGCACAGGAAGAGUUUUGGAUAUAGCUGCAGCUGCCGAAAGAAAGUGGUACUAUGUGGGAAAUUUACAUCCUGACUGUACAGAGGAACGCCUAAAGGACCAUUUAAUCAAGAACGAUAUAGAUUUGUCCAGUUGUGAAAAAUUAAAUAGUCAGUUUGAUCAUAAAGUAGCAUUUAAAAUAUCUUUUGAGCCACAGUUGGAGAAACUUGUAUUAAACAGUGAUCUGUGGCCUUUGAAUGUAGUGGUCAAACCUUUUUCAUUUCGCCCUAUGGGACGUCGCUUUAACGGGAUGAAUGCUUCGCAGAAUUUUCGAAGAGGCUUCAACAGGAACCAGAGAAACUAAGUGUGACAGUUCUUUUCUACAAAACGAAAGAAAAAGCCGAUGGCUCCCAAACUGGCAAAGCCUUCACAAGAAGAAAUUACAGAAAUAUGCUCAAGAUUCAGAGAGUUGCAAGAGAAUAAAUAAUUUACUACACACACACACUUUAUGUAACUUUUUGAUUAAAUUAAAUCUGACAAAAUUGCACUUUUUUUCAAUGGAUUUUUUUGUUCAUUUUUAAAAGGUAUUACAAAUACAGAGCGCGAUUUAUAAACUUUUCAGCUCCCGUUGCCACUUCCGUAGUCACUUAAAAUAUUCAGAACUGUACUUAGGUACCCAAUUUACAAAACUUAUCACAGCACCUCAUCUGACAUCUCUAAAGAAUUUAAAUCCCAAACAAACUAUAGAUACACCUACCCUAAUUAUUACUAUUAAUCUUGUGCAUUAUUAGAUCUGGUAAAAAAGGUUACAUUUUAUUAUAAUAUAACUUAAUUCCUAAUAAAUUUUCAUUCAAACUACUCUUAUUCAAUGAAAAAGGCAAAAAGCCACAACCGAAAUGUUCGAAACGGACCUGAAACACGAGAUUUAUCAUAUUAAUAGGAACAGGGGUCUUUAAAUUUGUCGCUAAAUUUACGACCAAUAGAAAUACGUCAAGCCUCUGUGUGCGAUACAGCUACGUGAUUGGUCAUCGACUGUUCUGUCGCCAGACGUUAGUCAAUACCUGCGGUAGGUUUUACGGCUUGACUGUAAGAUGUCGUUGGAGGUACCAUUUUUGAACUGUCAACUACAU